ACGUUAAAAGUGUGCUGUUAAUGGAGGCGCGGCGAACUUGACUUGGGGUUGAAGAGAAGAGAUAUUGACCUCUCAAUUUUAUGAAGGCAACAGCAACGCACACACACACACACCACCUUCCCGUUCGGCGUGGGAUUAAAAACUGAGAUUUUGUAGCAAACCGCGUUUUUCUCUCUCUCAAAAAAAAAACACCAACCAGAACGACACCGUCUCGUGCCGCCGGCGUCAUGGCCUCGUCCUCCGGAGAAGAUCCAUUGUAAUGAUCAAUGCUAGCCACAACCAUGCGUUGGUUGCCUAGCUUUGCUUCCUCAUCAUCAUCUGCUUCGUCUUCGUCGUCGCCGAAAAAGAAGGCCAGGGAGGACGGCGGGUGGAUUUUCCGGUCGAGGAGGAAGGCCGCGCAGUCGAGGAAACUGCUCAAUUUGGGGAGAGACAAUGACGGUGGAGCUAUAACCAAAUGCCCCAGCGCGCCGGGGUCGGAAUCCGCGCUGGCCAGUCCGCAGCCGCUUCCUUUGCCGGAAUCGGCCAUCCGCCGAGAGACGAGGUGUUCUCGCUGUAAGUCAUGGGGACAUGAGAACUGCUUCCCCUCCCCGGCUCCCAGUGUGUUUUCUUGGCGAGACACUCCAAAGAAUAACGUUCAAGUACGUGAGACAGUGUCGUCUAGGAGGAAGAAUCAAGAUCGAAAUCGUUUACAGAUCCCUGAACAUGACUUCAGGCUCGAUGUUCCUGUUAGAAGUGCACCCACUAGUCCAUGCGCAAGCCCUAGAUUCAGCCCACGCAGACCAAGUGCUGCUGAUUUGUGGGCUCCGUCCAGAAAUCAAGUCUGGUCUGCACCGGAGAUGACUACUAAUGAUAUCACUCAACCUCCCCCUGCCGUAUCAGAUGUAUUUAGUAAUGAAAGUUCCCCUAUAAACAGUCCCACGGCUAGAAGUCCCCUUCGACCCCCACAAGGAUCAUCCCCAUUGCAUCCCCGGUUAUCUGUUACCUCUGAAGUCCAUCCAUUGCCUCUGCCUCCUGGAGCAAGCCUCCCUUCACCUAGUGUACCAUCACCACAACCUGCCCUCACACCUAAGCCAGAGUCCCAGCCGAUUAAAGGGCAAUGGCAAAAGGGAAAGCUUAUUGGUCGUGGCACGUUUGGCAGUGUUUAUGUUGCUACCAAUAGAGAAACUGGAGCUUUAUGUGCAAUGAAGGAAGUUGAACUACUUCCUGAUGACCCGAAAUCAGCAGAGUGUAUAAAGCAGCUACAGCAGGAAAUCAAAGUCCUCAGCCAGCUCAAGCAUCCUAAUAUUGUGCAGUACUAUGGAAGUGAAAUUGUUGAAGAUCGGUUUUUUAUAUAUCUGGAGUAUGUUCAUCCAGGUUCUAUUAACAAAUAUGUUCAUGAACACUGUGGAGCCAUGACAGAAGCUGUUGUUCGCAGUUUUACUCGCCAUAUAGUCUCUGGGUUGGCUUACUUGCACAGCACAAAAACAAUACACAGGGACAUCAAAGGGGCUAAUUUGCUGGUGGAUUCAUGUGGGGUUGUCAAGCUAGCUGACUUUGGAAUGGCCAAACAUCUUUCAGGACACGUAGGGAAUCUUUCCCUAAAGGGAAGUCCAUACUGGAUGGCUCCAGAGCUGAUGCAAUCUGAGAUGCAUAAAGAUAACAGCUCUGAUUUGGCUCUUGCUGUUGAUAUAUGGAGUUUGGGUUGUACUAUUAUUGAAAUGUUCACAGGAAAACCUCCAUGGAGCGAGUAUGAAGGGGCUGCAGCUAUGUUUAAAGUUAUGAAGGAUACUCCACCAUUUCCAGAAACAUUGUCACCUGAGGGUAAGGACUUCCUUAGGUGCUGCUUCCAAAGAAAUCCUGCUGAGAGGUCAACUGCUGCAAUGCUAUUAGAACAUCGAUUUAUAAAAAACUCCCAGCUGCAGGAAGUCCCAUCUACGACCUAUAAUGCCUCUAAUGGGAUGAAUUUCUUGGAAAGACCCCAGACUCCAAUUGAACUUGAAAGAAGACUUGAUAGUUCACUGAUGAUUCCCAGCAUUGGCAUGCAAUUAACUACGGGAAAGGCGGCUCUCUGAGUGAGUCCAGCUCCAUUAUCUUCCCUUCAUCCUGCCUCUAAGGCGCGUCCCGGAAUACAUCAUCUAGCUUGGCUUGCAAUCAAAACACCACCCUUCUGCAAAUGCUCUCUGUGCUGUGUCAAACCAUGGUGCUGAAAAGUAUCACGGCAUUUUCAGACGACCUCAUGUGAAGGGAAAGGAUUACAGCUGCCUUUGGUCUAAAGAGAAAGCGGCUCCCGAAUUGUAGGCUUAACAGAAAAUUGAUGUUGUGGUAGGUGAUUUUCAGCCUUAGAGUAUUACUACUAUAGUAGGUUCCUUCCCUCAUCCUAUUUCGAUGGUGGAAGUUUAUCUUUAUGUGGAAAUUAGAAGCAGCACUUUUUGUACACCACAUAACUAAGUUUAGAGCUUCAGCAGAAGAACAAGUCUUUUGACAAGGCCUUCUGAAGGUCAUAUACAAUGCUUUCACUUCAUGUUCAAUUGUUGGAGUAAAAAAUUUAACGUCUGUAUAAGAUGGGCUCAAAUGUGACAUGGUUUUUCA